AUGAAACAAAUAGUGAUAAAUUUCUCUGAUCUUAAUGAUGAAGCAAAGAAAAAGUAUAUUAGAUAUUUGACCCAAAAUAACAUAAGCAUAGAGAAUUAAUCAUUAAAGAAAUCGCAAUUGCCUUUUUAACAUCGAUCUAGAUAAUAUAGUACUUUGAGUGACAUUGCCAAUAGCAAGGCUUUCACACCAGCCAAAUCGUAAAAGUAAGCUUCCUAACACUUUAAGACAGAUCAUUCUGUUGGAGCAAAAUUUAGCGAUUUAGAAGAGUCAUAUCCAAAAAUAAUGAGCAGAAUUUAAAAUAAAGAUCUAUUAUCAAGACCUUUGAAAUUGAGUUUUAAUGAGCUAAGUCUUCUAAUAGAGGAAAUAUAUUAAAAAAAGUUUGUAGAAGAUUCUAAUCAAAUUGCUAGGAAUUAGAAAGUGUCAGAAAUUGCAUUUGUUGACUAUGUCUACGAAUUUCUAUAAAAUAAAUUUAAGCAUUCAAAAAAUCAAUUAAUAAUAAACUUUUUAGCAUCUGUCGAUUUACAUGCAUUGAAAAGGAAAGACGUAAAUAUUUUCUAGCAAUUUUUGAAAUUCAAUAAACAAGAAGUGUUGACAUUCUACUUGUUCACUAGAGCAGUCAUAUAAAAGGAACUGAAAUUGCCAUUCUAUCAUCCACUUAGAAAGCAAGGGAUAGAUAGUAAUCAAUUGCAAUUGAGUUAGAAGUAGGUUCAAUAGAUCUCCUUACUUUUAUAUGGAUCACCAGAGAAAUAUCAAGAAUUUAAGAAAUUUUUUCCUGGAAACAGCAUAUCUGUAAGUGAAUUUUCGUUUGCAGCCAUCCUGAUUUAUGAAGCUCAACAUUAAACCAACAAGCAAAAACCAUUUUAACAAUAACACAGAUCGCUCUCCCCCCUUCAAAAUACCAGUUAUGACGACUCCUAGGAUUUAAGAUAACCUGACUCUCCUUUGUUUAUGCAAUCCGAAAUGUCUAUGGAGAAUAAUAGAUAAUAAAAUGAAAACUUCUUCUCCUCUGCUUUGUAAAGUGUCAGUAGUCAAAAGAAGCAACACUGGUAAGUGUAGAUAAAGUUUCAUCGAAUACCAUGUGCUGCUAACAAUGUUUAAAAGUUGAUUAACGAAAAAUUGGAAACAAAAUUAUCUGAUUUUAUUGAAGAAAUGCUUUCAGAAAUGGAAGAUCUCACUGAUGAUUAGAAGCAAUAGUGUGUAACUGGAAUAGAAGCUAGGAUUGUAGAUACUAUGGCCAUUCUUUUGGAUGCUAUAUAUAAAUACGAUAAAUUAUUGUGGUAUUAUUAAUUAAAUUUAUCAAGGUUUAAGAAACUGAACAAAUAACCAGAUGAAUUUGGAUUAGAGUAUAUAGAGAAUUUGUAGAAGCUUUAUCGCUCAUUAGUUAAGGCAAAGCAACCUUUGGAUGAUCAAUUAGAUUAACUCUGUCAAUAGAUGAUGCAAACUCCAGAUUUAGCAAAGUAAAUAGGAAAUGAAUUAUUGCAAUACUUCUAUAAUUGUAAAUGA